AUGCUCUGUCACUUCAUCGGGCUCCUCCUGUGGCUAGCAGCCGUCAUUGCCGCCGGCUCCUAUCUGCGUGAUCCCAAUGUGUUUGAGCUUACCCCUAAGACCUUCGAUAAAGUCGUUCACGGUCUGAAUUACACCACCGUGGUCGAGUUCUACGCCCCCUGGUGUGGCUACUGCCAGAAACUCCACGGCAGUUACUCGAAAUUGGGCAAGUUCGUCCACGACGACAGCCAGUACGCGAUCAACAUUGCGGCGGUGAACUGUGACGACGAUGUCAACCGCCCAUUAUGCGCUGAAUACCGCAUUCAAGGGUUCCCCACGGUGAUGGUGUUCCGCCCUCCGCGCCAUGAUGGCUCCUCCAAAAAGACGGACACGCGCCACAUCUCCGAAGUGUACCAGGGUGAACGGUCGUUUAAGGCCAUUCUUAACUUUGUCACGUCAAGAUUGAAGAACUACGUGAAGAAAUUUAAGCUUGACGGGACGAUAUUGCCCAAAUGGUUAGCGGAAACCCUGAAUGAGAAGCCGCGAGUACUCUUGGUGACUAAAAACGCUCAGGUAUCUCCCUUAUUAAAGCUGUUGGCCAUUGACUACUUAGAGAGAGUGGACUUCGGUAUUGUCCCUGCCAAGCAGCCAGUGGAGCAGUUUACUGUGGGUGACGAGGUCGUCGAAAUCGAGGAGGCAACGUUGCCGAUGUUGGUGCAUUACAAUAGCAAGACUAAACUGUUUGAGAAGUUCCCCGGCGCUAAACUCAACGACAAAACUAAGAUCGCCCAGUGGGUGACCAAAGUGACUGGCCAGAAACCUGCUGAGGGCAGUUUGCUGAAGUUGGGUAAGAAACUCUAUAAAAUCCGUACCGGUAAGAAGGCUCCCGCCAGCGACUUUGGCGAUGAGCUUUAA